GUAACCGAGAAUUGUUGAGCCCUUUACGGAUCACGCCGCGAGGUGGGCGGGGCUAGCCCCGGCUGGGCGCUGCCAAGGCUGGUCGCUGAUUGUGAAUCCAUGUGGCGGGUACUAUGGACCCUGGUAGCCCGGGCGGCACGUGGGCCUCUCAGUUCCAGGCCGUGCCCGCGCCAGAGCAGUGGCGCCCCGGCCCUGGGUCCCGGGUCCACUAUCUUCGCACUGAGCUCUGGCCAAGGCCGCUGCGGCAUCGCUGUCAUUAGAACCAGCGGCCCAGCCAGCGGGCACGCCCUCCGGAGCCUUACGGCGCCCCGGGACUUACCCCCGGCCCGCAAAGCCUGCCUGCGCCUCCUCAGCGACCCCUGCUCUGGGGAGCCUUUGGACCGCGCGCUGGUGCUUUGGUUUCCAGGUCCCCAGAGUUUCACCGGUGAGGAUUGCGCGGAGUUCCAUGUGCAUGGAGGCCCAGCUGUGGUGAGUGGUGUCCUGCAGGCCCUGGGUGAGUCUGCAGCCUUGGGUUUAAGGUGUGGCUAUAUACCAGUGGGCCUGGAUAGGAACCAAAAGGGGCUUAGGACCCUGAACCUUCCUGCAGGCAGUGUGCCAGGGCUGCGGCCAGCAGAGGCAGGCGAGUUCACCAGGAGGGCAUUCGCCCAUGGGAAGCUGAGCCUGACUGAGGUAGAGGGGCUGGCAGAUCUGAUCCAUGCAGAAACUGAGGCGCAGCGGCGGCAGGCCUUGAGGCAGCUGGACGGGGAGCUGGGCCACCUCUGCCAAGGCUGGGCAGAGACCCUCACUAGGGCUCUGGCCCAUGUGGAGGCCUAUAUUGAUUUUGGUGAGGAUGACAACCUAGAGGAGGGCGUCCUGGAUCAAGCUGACAGCGAAGUGCGGGAGCUAGAGGUGGCAUUGGGCACACACCUUCGAGAUGCCAGGCGUGGACAGAGGCUUCGCUCAGGGGCGCACGUAGUGGUUGCUGGACCUCCUAAUGCCGGCAAGAGCAGCCUGGUGAACCUGCUCAGCCAGAAGCCUGUGUCCAUCGUGUCCCCUGAGCCGGGGACCACCCGAGACGUGCUGGAGACUCCCGUGGACCUGGCCGGGUUCCCUGCGCUGCUGAGUGACACGGCGGGGUUGCGGGAGGGCGUGGGGCCUGUGGAGAAGGAGGGCGUACGGCGCGCCCAAAAAAGGCUGGAGCAGGCUGACCUCAUUCUAGCCGUGCUGGAUGCUUCUGACCUGACCUCUUCGUCUAGCUGUAACUUCCUGGAUACUGUUGUCAUCCCCACGGUUGCUGGGAGCCCCCAUGGGAGCAGCCAGCGCCUCCUGCUGGUGCUGAAUAAGUCGGACCUGCUGCCUUCUGGGGGCCCAGACCUCCAUCCUGACCUGCCCCCCUACCUGCUACUAUCCUGUCUGACCGGCGAGGGGUUGGAUGGCCUCCUGGAAGCGCUGAGGAAGGAGCUGGCUACAUUGUGCGGGGAUCCAUCCACAGGCCCACCGCUUCUCACACGGGCGAGGCACCAGCAUCACCUUCAGGGCUGCCUGGAUGCCCUUGGUCACUACAAGCAAGCAAAAGACCUAGCGCUGGCAGCUGAGGCACUCCGGGUGGCCCGAGGGCACCUGGCCCGCCUCACCGGCCGAGGGGGCACCGAGGAGAUCCUGGACAUCAUCUUCCGGGACUUCUGUGUGGGCAAGUGAGAGGACAGCCGGAGCUCAGGCCCAGGCUGGAUGGACACCCAGAAGUCUUGAUACAGCUGGGAACAGCUUAGGCCAAGUGGGAGUCUCUCCUCCUCGGGGAAGAAUUUGACCCCAAAUGGUAAAGCCUCUGUUGCUGGUGGUACUCAAGCUGCAGCUGACCAGGUUCCCUAGUGGGGCCUUGCUGGGAGUUCAGGCCCUGGAGUAGGACUGAAUGCAGGAAGCACCUGAUGCUGGGAGAGUACGGGUGAGCUGGAGGUUGGAGGGUCUCAGGGGUCUUUGUUUCAUGGUUUUUAAUUUAUUUUGCAAAUACCAAAGGAAUGUUAAAAAAAAAAAAAUACACCUCAGAAAUGUUUAACUACCCCCUCCCCUGGGGUCAGGGCUUAACUUAUAUCCUUUCGGAACUUUCUCUGCCUGUUUUCAUACCUGUGGAUGCACCUAUAAAACAUGUUUUGUCUUGUAUUUUGUACACAAA